UCUCUCAUCCAAAAACUAAACAAUCUCAAAAAAAAAAAAAAAAAAAAAUGGCAGAUCAAUCUUAUCGCCAAGAUAUUUAUCUAAGAGGUAGUCAAAGUCAAGGUCAAGGUCAAGAUCUUCAACAAAGAGGUCAAGAAGCUGUUCAAAGUUUCAAACAUUUCUUACAUGAAAAAGCCCCUUCAUCAUCUAAUGUUGUUGCAAUUGCUACUGUUUUACCAUUAGGUGGUUUCCUUUUGGGCCUUUCUGGGCUGGCUUUUAUCGGCUCGCUUAUUGGGCUGGCGAUUACGACACCGUUGUUUAUUCUGUUUAGCCCGGUUAUUGUACCGGCUGUUUUGACUAUUGGGCUUGUUGUUUUGGGCUUUCUGGUUGCAGGGGGUUUUGGGAUUACGGCCCUUUCGGCUUUUUCGUGGAUUAUUAAUUAUUUUAGGGGGUACGAAGCGGGUCAUGCGGUGGGUAUGGAUAUGGAUCAUGUUUCAAGGUGGGCUCAUGACAAGGCUGGUGAUAUGGGCCAUAGAGUUAAGGAAAUGGGCCAGAGUAUUACUGAUAGAGCCCGUAGGGAAUGAUAUGGGCCUAUUGGGCCGUGUAGGCCCAAGCAUACUUUAGAGUUAAUGAGGGUAAAAUGGUCAAUACGUUGUUUGUGUGAGUUGCCUUUUUUCUGGGGCAUUUUUAUCUUCCUGUUUUGUUGGAUGUUUUGCAUCUAAUAAUGUCAUAAUUUUAUGCAAUUUACUAUUUUGAUGGCAA